UUUCCGUGACCUUGAUAACUGAGCGAGCAAAGUUCACGUUGUACUAGCGCUCUCUCACACGUAUAUAUUUUGAGGUUUAAACUUUUUACAAACCUUGAAAACCUGAGAUUCACUACUCCAUAUUUUCUGUCACGAUGUACCAAAAACAAGACGAUUACGAUGAAUUGGCGGAAGCAACUCUCAUGCAGACCGAGUACAGGCCAAGGAGGAAGAAUCGGCGACCAUGUUUGAUAUUCUUCUGCAUCGUGGUUGUUUUUCUCGCCAUUAUAAUCCCCGUAGCGAUCGUAGCCAGCAACAGAAGCCACGGGACGAGCGGGUACGUGACACCGGAGUGCCCGAGCGGUGACGAGCGGGAGAGAGUCGACUGCUACCCCGAGGGAGGGGCGAGCAAGGCCCGGUGCGAGUCUCGGGGAUGCUGCUGGGCCCAACCCACCACCCAAGGCCCGCCUAGCUGCUUCUACCCCGUUAACCACGGGUACGAGCUGGUAGGGGGCCUGCAGAGUACACCCAUCGGGUACAGGGCCACCCUCCGCCGCCUGAACACCCAGACUAUGUACGGUGGCGACCUGGGAAACAUCGAGGUGGUGGUGGAAGUUCAGGAGGACUAUCGGCUUCAUGUCAAGGUGUCUGACCCGACGCGCCCUCGGUACGAGGUGCCCGAGGCCGCACUGAAGCGCCCCCAAGCGACGACCUUGGCAGAGCACCCACUGUACAACUUGACCUUCACCAGCAACCCCUUUAGUAUCAAGGUCACGAGGAGAAGCACAGGGGCCACUAUGUAA